AUGAAGAAUAAGCGAAUCAAGGCAGAUUUGGUAGAUGAAGAAAAACAAGAGAAAGAGAUCCAAAAACAAAUUGAAAGGGCUGAGCAAUUGAUGCAGCUAUCUAAUCCAGAGUCCGAUCAGCCUUCACAGGUAGAGACUACAAGGGAACUAAAUGCAGAAGAUGGAAUUAAGAUAGGAUUUUCUCUUGGGUCGUCUGCUAAACCUAUAGCCAAGGAUAAAGGCGAGGCAUUGAGGAUGGCGUUUGAUGAGGUUGAUGAAGAGAAAUAUGAGGAAAAGAAUCCUGUAAACAAUUUGAAGAGGAAAGAAAGUGGUGGUGGAAAAUCAAAUUUGGAUGAAAUGAUCCGCGAGGAAGAAAGGAAAAAGGAAAAAAUCAACAGGAAGGAUUAUUGGUUGCAUGAGGGAAUUUUUGUGAAGGUUAUGAACAAAGUCUUAGCAGAGAAAGGGUACUACAAGCAAAAAGGUGUUGUGAGGAAAGUGAUUGACAAGUAUGUAGGGGAAAUUGAAAUGCUAGAAAGCAAGCAUGUGCUCAAAGUUGAUCAGGAAGAGCUUGAAACUGUAAUACCACAGGUUGGGGGACGUGUAAAAAUAGUAAAUGGGGCUUAUCGCGGAUCCCUUGCUAGGCUGCUCGGGGUGGAUACAGAUCAAUUUUGCGCUAAGGUGCAGAUAGAGAAAGGUGCCUAUGAUGGUAGGGUGCUUAAAGCCGUGGAGUAUGAGGACAUAUGUAAAGUAGCUUAG